ACACUAACUACGCAUUUGAAUUCUAACGUUGGUAUCAAUUCAAAUCGUUCGCAAUUAUUCGCGCGUGUAGAAUCUUGUGUCAUUUUUCACUUCGCUUUGAUAAAACGUCUCGACGGAAUUGUAAAUGUCCCGUGCAUUUGUGUAAGGUAAUGACUAGCAUAAUGCGAAUUGGCGAGGUCAGGUCGGACUAAGCGCUCGGUAUUUAUAAAUUAGAAGCUUGAAAUAACUUGACAGCAGAGUGCGUGACGUUACGAGAAGCGCUGCUUUCAAAUUAUCGCACGCUUCGGGAGGAUCGGCGAUCGUUUGAGACACCGACACUUGGAUGGGUAAUUCUAACGCUAAGAGAAACUACAAUUAUCAUCAGUAUGAGAGUCAGUACAGCCUCAGUGAUUUAAUCGGUGGGAGCUGCGUAGCGGCGCAGGCAGCCAGCGGAGAGCGGAGAUCAUGGUCACAUGCUUCCCAUAGAAGUUGGGCCAAAAGUACCUUGCAGGAGACUCACGGAUCUUCUAAAACGGUAUGGCCAAUACCGCGCUUCCAGUCGAUGUUUCUACCAGAAUUUCCAGUCGAGAGAGUGUCGCUACAUGCGGGAUACAGUUUCUUAGAUACGAUAGCCAAGGGUGCUUAUGGCAAGGUGUAUAAAGUGCAAAGACAAGACACAAGUGAGGUCUUCGCGCUGAAAGUCAUCAGCAAAGCCACGAUAGUGGCAGAGAAUGCCGUGAGACAGGCUAAAGAGGAGAUAGCGAUCCAGAGAAUGGUUGGGCAUCACCCGUUCAUAAUAAACUGCAUGCACAGGUGGCAAGGCAGGAAGACAUUGUACAUAUUGAUGGAUUACGUUUCUGGUGGAGAGUUGCAUUCACUGGUCGAUGAAUACGGUUGUUUGCCGGAAGAAGUAGUUAGGAUAUACGUAGCCGAAGUCGUCUUGGCUAUAGAUUUCCUGCACAACGCCGGCAUCGUGCACAGAGAUCUGAAGGCGACGAAUAUUCUGCUCGAUGAAAAUGGCCACGCUGUGAUCAUUGAUUUCGGCCUAGCCAAGUGGCUGCCACGCAACGAAAGGACGAAUACCCUGUGUGGAACGCCUCAAUACAUGGCACCAGAGAUCCUAAGGAGAGAGCACUAUGGACACGAGGUUGAUUGGUGGUCGCUCGGCGUCUUAACCUGUUUCCUACUUACGAAUAAGUAUCCGUCCAAUACGAAGGUCUCGUUUGAUCAGAGUAACCUAAGUUGCGCGGGUUCGUUAAAAGUCUUACCAGCGGACGUGGAUAUUUCACCAGCGGCGAAGGAUCUUCUGAAGCGGCUUUUGCAACCGGAGCCUCGCCUGAGACUCCGAAACCUCUUGAGCCUGCAGCGGAUCGCUUUUUACAUGGGCCACGAUCUUCAAAGUUAUAUGCUAAAGAAGGAAUCGCCAUUCCGUAUUCUAGAAUCGAGAAAUCGACGAGAGACGCAGCAGCAAAAAGAAGAUAGUUUUAAUCAUGAAUUUUCAGAUUUUGAUUCGUUUCCUGGUGUUAGCAAUAUGUGAAUGAAUCUGUGAUUUCACAUGCGGUGCUUGUCCUUUUCUAAUUUUACACUUACGCUUCGAAAUACAAUGCGCGACGAAAUUAUCUCUCUAAUCUUUGCAACAAGAUGAUGUUUUUAUAUAAAGAUUACUGAAAUAUUUUUUUUUCUUUCUCUUUAAAGCGGCGUAUUCGUCGAAUUUGUUAUCCGUCCGUUUUUAAUGAAUUAUAUAAAUAAAAGUCCAGAUAUAAGACUUUAAAAUGCAAUUUAAUGAAAUUGCAUUUAGUAAUACGUUAAACUUCUCAGGUAACAAUGUGCGAUAAAGAUAGAUAAUAUAUUGAAUAAAAAAUGUCAUUUUUAUUAUAU